AGAUGGAGGGUCGUCAUCAACAACAGGGUCUUGGUCAGGCUCGGGGUCAGGGUAGGCAUCAACAGCAGGCAUCUGGCACCAUGGUGAUUGUGGCAUCCGUCAUAGCCUUAGCCAUUGGAGGGUCGCUUCUUGGCUUGAUGGGGCUCAGCUUCUUGGCAUCAUUGACACUACUACUUGUCAGCUCGCCGCUCUUGUUGAUCUUCAGUCCUCUCCUGUUUUUCGCCAGUUUGGUGUUUGUGGGAUCACUUGUCGGGUUUGCUGCGGCUGCAACCAUGGCUCUCACCGGCGUGUCGGCUCUCGGAUGGAUUUUUCAGGAGGUUGGAGGCCAAAGGCUUCGGGGUUUUGGCGGUGGCGACAUGGCGAGUAGAGUUAAGGAACAAAGCAAGGAUUGGGGUAGAUAUUUGCAGCAGGGCGGGAUGGGGAUAUGAAGGAGAUGACAUAUAGUCAGUGCUUGAACUUGUAAAAUUUUGGUUAUGCUAAAAUCAUCUGCAAACAAAAGAGAGCACAUAUCUCUAUGAUUCUCUGUUCUCUCUCUUGAUGUAAAAGGUGGGAUUGAUGGUAUGAUCCACGGAAAUCAGGUAUAUCCUUUAAUAAAAGACAUAACCACCUUAGUCUCAAAAUUAUCCCCUCAAAAUAAUGUGCAAGAACUUGGAUUAUAUGGGUAUUCAUUUAUGUUACUUAUUCAUGAAGUGACUGGAUCAAACAAUUCCACACAAACUCAUGAGUAAAAUGGGUAUGGAGGUAUAAAUAAAAUAAUCAGUUAAAUCGGUGUGUUAGUCCCUCCAAGUUUCACUUGCUUCCCACAUAAAAGUGUCACAUUUAGUCAUUUACUUAUUUUAUCCACAUUCUAGUUAAUCUAGUUAUUUUACCCUCCAUCUGUAGAAGUCGUGGAGCUGAGUUAAAGUAGAAUUUUGUCAACCACCUAGACUCGAUUCACAUAAUAUCCAUUGCAUUGGCCAUGUUACUAAUCUCACAGUAUAGUACAUAUUAUCCAGGGAGUAGCUUUGAAUGCUAUCUAUGAGUAGCUUUGAAUCUCCUUCUACUUGAAUUUUGUUUAAAGCCAUGAAUGUACACAGCUAAAAGACCAGCCCUUAAAGCUUGGGCGUCUACAAUCGGAAGUCAAAACAUCAGCUGCACCAAUAUUUUCAGUUGAAGCUAGUAUAGGUGAUCCAUUUUCUGAAAACAAAGCCUGAAGAAGAGUCUCUGCGGUUUGUUUCUUGCAUACCACAUAUUGUAAUAUAAGCAAAAUUUUCUCUAGAAGUCUAUGCUAGAGAAAUUCAAUGUAAAAAGUAAAGUUGCGAA